AUGGCUGAAAAAGCACACAAGGACCAGCAGUAUCAAUAUGCAGGUAUAUCCAACUUGGUAUUACAGGCUGACAGGUCAAGCACUUCUCGUAGAGAUCAUGAGCCUACCGGCGAACCUGAAACACUUUGGGGAAAGAUUGGCAAAGGUCAGUUUGGAGAUCGUGCUGCCAGCACUAUUGCUGAAACUAAAAUCCGCCUGGAUAAAAAACGUAAAAUGGAUGCUGAAAAAAGCAAAUCUGCUGGACAAUCUGGCACUAAUGGUGAGCGACUGUCAAGAAAGAAUCUUAUCAGUGAAAAGGACAGUCUCGCAAAAGGAUAUGGCUAUACUGGAAUUCUUGCCGCUACUGAGGAUUUCGAUGGACAGACAUACCGUCCUUGCACUAAAGAAACUCGCCAAACAUUCGAGUUGAUCUUGGCCUUUCUUUCAGGAUUUCUUGGCGAUAUUCAGCAAGAUGUGCUGCGAAGCGCCGCAGAUGCAGUAUUGGAAACACUCAAAAAUGAUCUAUUGAAAGACUUUGACAAACUUAAAGAAAUUGAAGCGCUUCUGUCUGCUACAAUCCCAGAAUCCCAGUUUUCUCAGUUGAUUAAUCUUGGAAAAAAGAUCACUGAUUAUGGCAAAAGUUUUUCAAAUGCAGAAGUCAAUGACGAUAAUGCUCGUGAAAUGGAUAUUGAUGAUGGACAUGGUGUUGCUGUUGUUUUUGAAGAAAACGAGGACGAGGACGGUAGUGACGAUGAAUUUGUUGUCGAAGAUGCUAAUGCCGAUGAAGAUGAUGCUGGCGAUGAGACAGAUUUGAAUUCUCGUCUCAAGGCAACUGGCACUGUAGAUCGUGAUGACAAUGCAUCUGCCAAUGGUGACGAUUUGGAUGAUUUUACCACCAUUGUGCGUUCAGGAACUACUGCAAUGCAUGCCAACUCCAGAUCAAAUGGUGUCAAUACAUCUGCAACAGCAAAACAUACUUCUCAAGAAAAACUUGAUCCUCAUAAAGUUGAUGCGUUUUGGUUACAACGUGCUAUUGUUCAGCACUACAGCGAUGCACUUACUGCUCAAUCUAAAACUGCUGCUGCCAUGGAAAUUCUGUCAUCCGAUGCCAAUGCCCGUGACAUUGAAAAUGAUUUGAUGGGCUUGUUUGACUAUGAGAAAUUCGAUCUAGUUCGUACUCUCACUAGAAAUCGUAAUGUUAUUGUAUGGUGCACUCGCCUCGCAAAGGCAGACUUGGCCGAGGAAAAGGAGAAUAUCAAGCAAGAGAUGCGUGAUAAGGAUCUCGAGUAUAUUUUGGAUGAGUUGAACUCUGCACCUUCUCGCAAGACGGAUGUAGGCGGGCUUGUGACUGCUGCUGAUAAGCGCAACGAGGAUAGGGCUUUUGCUGAAAUGAAUAUAGACGACGAUGAGCAAAAUGCUAAUGGCAUGGAUGAUGUUCAAGUGAAUCCCACACCUGCUUCUGCACCUCGUGCUACUGUCGAUCUUGAAGCACUUGCGUUUCAGCAGGGUGGCCAUUUAAUGUCAAACAAUCGCUGUAAAUUACCGGAAGGAUCUUUCAAACGCACAAAAAAAGGGUACGAGGAGGUACAUGUUCCAGCACCACUAGCACAGCCAAUGGGUCAGGAUGAGCAACUGAUCAAGAUUGCUGAUUUGCCAGAGUGGGUCAAACCUGCUUUUGGCACCAAUGUAUCUCUCAAUCGUAUCCAGAGUCGGAUUUACCCUACCGCUUUUGAAAAGGACGAAAACUUUCUUUUAUGUGCACCUACUGGUGCUGGUAAAACAAACUGUGCAAUGCUGACUAUUUUGCGUGAGAUUGGCAAGUAUCGUGACAAAACUACUGGCACAAUCAGUUUGGACAGUUUCAAAAUUGUAUACGUUGCUCCAAUGAAAGCGCUUGUUGCUGAAAUGGUAGGAAACUUUGGCUCACGGCUCAAGAGCUACGGUGUCAAUGUUGCCGAACUGACGGGUGAUCGCCAACUUACAAAGCAGCAGAUAUCAGAAACUCAGAUUAUUGUUACUACACCAGAGAAAUGGGAUAUUAUCACUCGCAAAGCCACAGAUAGAUCGUAUACCAAUCUUGUGCGUCUCAUUAUCAUUGAUGAAAUUCAUUUGCUUCACGACGAGCGUGGUCCAGUUCUUGAGGCUAUUGUUGCACGUACGUUGCGUCAAGUUCAACAGUCGCAAGAUCCCGUCCGUUUGGUUGGUUUGAGCGCUACUCUGCCCAAUUAUGCUGAUGUUGCCACAUUUUUGCGUGUAGACCCUGCUAGCGGCGUAUUUUUCUUUGAUAACAGUUUUCGUCCAUGUCCGUUGAAACAGCAGUAUGUUGGAAUCACAGAGAAAAAAGCCAUUAAACGUCUUGCACUGAUGAAUGAGAUUGCGUAUGAAAAGGUGCUGGAAGCGGCCGAAAAGGAUGAUCAAGUUCUUAUUUUUUGCCACUCACGUAAAGAAACUGCAAAAACUGCCAAGAUCAUUCGUGACAUGGCGAUUGCCAAUGACACCAUUGGCUCCAUUUUAAAAGACGAUCGUGCCCGGCGAGAGAUUUUACAAAGUGAAUCAGAAAACUGUGCAAACGAAGACCUAAAGGACGUACUCCCAUAUGGUUUUGCCAUUCAUCAUGCUGGAAUGACCCGUCUUGAUCGUUCACUUGUAGAAGAUUUGUUUCGUGAUAAAAAUGUGCGAAUUCUGGUUUCUACUGCUACGCUGGCUUGGGGUGUCAAUUUACCCGCACAUACUGUUAUUAUCAAGGGCACGCAGGUGUAUCGUCCUGACCUUGGCCGCUGGGCAGAACUCAGUCCACAAGACAUGUUGCAAAUGUUAGGUCGUGCAGGUCGACCUUCUUUUGAUACGUUUGGAGAGGGUGUUAUUAUUACGACUCAUACCGAGCUACAAUACUAUUUGUCUUUGCUUAACCAACAAUUACCUAUUGAGUCUCAGCUUGUAUCAAGACUGCCAGAUAUUCUCAAUGCUGAAAUCGUCAUGGGUAAUGUUCGGAGUCGGCAGGAUGCCGUUGACUGGCUUGGAUACACAUACCUUUAUAUUCGUAUGCUUCGAAAUGGAGGGAUCUACGGUGUUACCUUGGAAGAUGCUGAAAAUGAUCCAUACUUGAUUCAAAAACGUAUUGAUUUAAUACACGCUGCGUCCAUGAUUCUAGACAAGUGUAAUCUGAUUAAAUACGACAAAAAAACUGGUCGGUUCCAAAGCACUGAGCUUGGUCGGAUUGCAUCCUACUUUUAUAUUAGCCAUUACUCUAUGUCGACUUACAACCAACACCUCAAGCCAUCCAUGAGUUUGGUUGAUUUGUUCCGUGUGUUUGCGCUUUCCAACGAGUUUAAGCUUAUUCCUGUUCGGGAAGAAGAAAAGCUUGAAGUUGCCAAGAUGAUUGAACGCGUGCCAGUUCCAGUCAAGGAAAGUCUUGACGAGCCUACUGCCAAAAUCAAUGUGCUACUACAGUCUUACAUUUCCCAACUUCGACUUGAUGGAUUUGCUUUAAUGAGUGAUAUGGUUUAUGUGACACAAUCUGCUGGGCGUAUUAUGCGAGCAAUUUUUGAAAUAUGUCUUCGUCGCGGCUGGGCAGCAUUAGCCCGCAAGGCUUUAGAUAUAUGCAAGAUGGUCGAUAAACGAAUCUGGCUUUCUAUGAGUCCACUUCGCCAGUUUCGUGGGUUUCCAAUCGAGGCAAUCAAGCGGCUCGAGCGCAAGGACUUUUCAUGGGAUCGCUAUCAUGAUUUAACUCCUCAAGAACUUGCUGAGCUUGCUGGUAUGCCCAAGGCAGGAAAGAGUAUUCACAAGUAUGUUCAUCAGCUUCCUAAGCUAAUCAUGCAAGCUCAUGUACAGCCCAUUACUCGUUCCAUGCUCAAGUUUGAACUCACGAUAACUCCAGACUUUCAGUUUGACGAAAAAACACAUGGUGCAGCCGAGUCCUUUUGGAUUUUGGUUGAGGAUGUCGACGCUGAGCAAAUUUUAUAUCAUGAUGUAUUUGUGCUCAAGCAGCGAUAUUCUGAGGAAGAUCACAUUGUUUCAUUUACUGUCCCCUUGUUUGAGCCGCUCCCUCCCAACUAUUUUGUGAGCAUCAUCAGUGAUAGAUGGUUGCACCAUGAGACUCGCCUUCCCGUUUCCUUUAAGCAUUUGAUUCUUCCAGAAAAAAACCCAUUACACACCGAGCUAAUGGAUCUUCAGCCACUUCCUGUAUCGGCAUUAAAAAACAAAGCAUAUGAAGCCAUCUAUGCAAACAUUGACACAUUCAACCCCACUCAGACACAGGUUUUCAACUCUUUAUAUCAAUCUGACGACAAUGUUUUCGUCGGUGCUCCUGCAGGUUCUGGAAAAACGGUAUGUGCUGAAUUUGCACUUUUGCGCUUAUGGGCAAAGAGUCCCAAAGCGCGAUGUAUCUAUAUUGGGUCUUUUGAAGAAGUCAUUGAUAACAAGCUUGCAGAGUGGCGAACCAAGUUUAGCGGACUGCUGAAUGGCAAAAACAUUGUUUCGUUGACAGGAGAAACUGCAGCAGAUCUUAAACUUCUUGAAACUGGAGAUGUCAUUUUUUCUACACCACAAAAGUGGGAUAUGCUAUCACGACGAUGGAAACAACGUAAAAAUGUUCAAACUGUUGGACUAUUUAUUGUUGAUGAUAUUCAUCUCAUUGGUAGUGAUAUUGGCCCAGCUAUCGAGGUGAUUGUUUCACGUAUGCGGUAUGUAAGUGUUCAAACAGAAAACAAAAUUCGAAUUGUUGCUCUGGGAGCCUCGCUUUCCAAUGCGUUGGAUUUAGGAGAGUGGAUGGGUGCUUCUGCACAUACAAUUUUCAACUUUCAUCCGUCCGUGCGACCUGUACCACUUGAAAUACACAUUCAAGGGUACAACAUUCCGCAUUUUCCAUCCUUGAUGCUGGCUAUGACUAAGCCAACAUACCUUGCCAUUUCAUCUCUAGCAGAAACCAAGCCAGCAAUUAUAUUUGUGCCCAGUCGUAAGCAAAGUCGCAUGACUGCUGUAGAGCUAUUGACGCUUUGUCUUGCAGAUGGCGAUCGGAAGAAAUUUUUGCAUUGUUCAGAUGAGGAUAUCCAACCUUAUUUGCAACGCAUAAACGAUCCAGCGCUUGUUCAAACGAUCGAGUAUGGUGUUGCAUUUUACCAUGAGGCACUUGGAAAAAGCGACAAGGCAAUUGUAGAAUCACUGUUUGAUCUUGGUGCCAUUCAAGUUGUUGUUGCUAGCCGUGACACCUGCUGGAGUUUGCGUUUACAAAGUCGCCUUGUAGUCAUUAUGGGCACUCAAUACUUUGAGGGAAAAGAACAUCGAUAUGUUGAUUAUCCCAUCACGGACGUGCUUCAAAUGAUGGGCCGAGCAUCGCGACCUCUUGCUGACGAGGUUGGGUUAUGCGUUCUCAUGUGUCAGAAUGUCAAGAAGGAGUUUUACAAAAAGUUUUUGCAUGAAGCACUUCCAGUCGAGUCUCAUUUAGAUUAUUUUUUGCAUGACCAUUUCAAUGCUGAGAUUGUGACUAAAACUAUCGAAAGCAAGCAAGAUGCUGUUGAUUAUCUCACUUGGACUUUUCUCUAUCGCCGCAUGGCACUUAAUCCCAACUACUAUAAUUUGCAAGGCACCACACAUCGGCACUUGUCCGAUCAUCUUUCCGAGCUUGUUGAAAGCACCUUGGAAGAGCUUGCAAACUCCAAGUGCAUCACAGUCGAUGAUGAUGAAGUGGCUCCACUUAAUCUUGGCAUGAUUGCUGCCUAUUAUUAUAUCAAUUAUGUCACUAUUGAAGCAUUUUCAUUAUCACUCAAACCAAAAACUAAGCUGCGUGGCAUUCUUGAAAUUGUUUCUGCAUCUGCAGAGUUUGAGAAUGUUCCUAUUCGCCAUCAUGAGGAUUCUAUUUUAAAGCGUAUCUACGACCGCUUGCCAGUCAAGGCAGAAACACCUAAUUUUUUGGAUCCUCACUUCAAAACCAAUAUUUUGCUUCAAGCUCAUUUUUCGCGCUUGCAGUUGCCUCCUGAUCUCGAAUCUGAUCAAAAGUUUAUUCUUGAGCGUAUUGUGCGUUUGAUCCAAGCAUGUAUUGAUGUAAUUUCUUCAAACGGAUGGCUUACUCCAGCUUUAUCGGCUAUGGAGCUUUCACAAAUGUCGAUUCAGGCGCUGUGGGAGCGUGACUCGCCUCUUCAACAGAUUCCCCACGUUGAUGCUGCAGCAUUGAAGCGACUGGCUGCCGCCAGUGUUGAGCAAGUAUUUGAUGUUAUGGAGAUGGAAGAUGAAGACCGCAACACUGCCCUACAAGUUACAAAUCGCCAAAUGGGCGACAUUGCUCGCUUUGUCAACCGGUACCCUAAUAUAGAUGUUCAGUUUCAAGUUGAUGCAUCCAAGGCAUCUCAAGGUGAUUCUGUUUCUGUUCGCGUUAUUCUUGAGCGUGAAACUGAUGAGGAUGAUGACGAAGGUGCGGGUGAUGUUGGACCUGUGAUUGCACCAUUUUAUCCACAAAAGAAGGAUGAAGGGUGGUGGGUUGUUGUUGGCGAUGCCACCGAUCGUACCCUGUUGGCUAUCAAACGGACCACUUUGCAAAAACGAGCACAGGUCAAGUUGGACUUUACUGUACCAGAAACGGCAUUAGGAAACAUGACGCUCAAGAUUUAUGUCAUGUGUGAUGCCUACAUGGGUGUGGAUCAAGAGUUUGAUUUUAGUUUGGAUGUUACAGAAGCCGAAGAUGAGGAAGAGAAAGAAAAUAGUAGUGGUGAUGAUAAGAUGGAAGAGUGAUUUUUGUCGAUGAAUGUUGCUUUUAGUCAUUUCAAUGAGUGUUUAUGUUUUGGCCAAUGAAUUGAUGACUUUUUUAGUCCAGCUUGUUUUACAGCUGUAUUCACGUAAAAUGGAGCAUUUGUAUUAUCUUGCAACGAUGAUUUCUACUUGCUUUGGAAUAAACAGUGACUACAUAUU